AUGGCAUCCCUGAUACAAGACCGGCUGACCACUGAUCAGGACCUGCUGCAAAUGCAAGAAGGCACACUGAUGCGCAAGGUGAGAUCGAAAAGCUGGAAGAAGCCAAGAUACUUCAGACUUCAGAAUGAUGGCAUGACAGUCUGGCAUGCUCGUCAGGCUAGGGGCAGUGAAAAGCCCACCUUCUCAAUCUCCGAUGUGGAGACAGUGCGUAAAGGUCAUGAUUCUGAGUUGCUGCGCAGCCUGGCAGAUGAGUUCCCCCUGGAGCAGGGCUUCACCAUUGUCUUCCAUGGCCGCCGUCCCAACCUGGAUCUGAUUGCCAACAGUGUUAAGGAGGCCCAGAACUGGAUGCGUGGACUCCAGCUUUUGGUGGACCUUGUUACCAGCAUGGACCAAAAGGAGCGGCUGGACCAACCUGGAUGGUUGAGUGAUUUGUUCCAGCGUGGAGACAAAAACCAAGAUGGUCGGAUGACUUUCGAAGAAGUUCGGCGGUUGUUGCGUCUGAUGAAUGUGGAAAUGGACCAAGAAUAUGCCUUUGGUCUUUUUCAGGAAGCAGACAUGUCCAAUUCUGGGACUCUAGAAGGAGAAGAAUUUGUAUAUUUCUAUCAGGCAUUGACAAAGCGCACUGAGGUGCAUGAAAUGUUUGAACAAUUUUCUGAUGAUGGGCAGAAACUGACCCUGCUGGAAUUUGUGGAUUUCCUUCGAGAGGAGCAGAAAGAAAGAGAGCGAGCCUCUGACCUUGCUCUGGAACUCAUUGACCGCUAUGAGCCUUCAGAAAGUGGCAAACUGCGGCAUGUGCUGAGCUUGGAUGGCUUCCUCAGCUACCUCUGCUCAAAGGAUGGAGACAUCUUCAACCCGGCCUGCCUUCCCAUCUACCAGGAUAUGACUCAACCUCUGACCCACUACUUCAUUAACUCCUCUCACAAUACUUAUCUCGUUGGGGACCAACUUUGUGGCCAGAGCAGCGUCGAGGGAUAUAUACGGGCCCUGAAACGAGGGUGCCGCUGUGUGGAGGUAGAUGUAUGGGAUGGACCUAACGGGGAACCCAUUGUUUAUCACGGACACACCCUGACUUCCCGAAUCCUGUUCAAAGAUGUUGUGGCCACAGUUAAACAAUAUGCCUUCCAGGCAUCAGAAUAUCCACUCAUCUUGUCCCUGGAGAACCACUGCACCUGGGAGCAGCAGCUGACCAUGGUACGCCAUCUGACUGAGAUCCUGGACGAUCAGCUGCUGAGUUCCACCUUGGAUGGGCUGCUACCCACUCAGCUUCCCUCACCUGAGCAGCUUAAAGGGAAGAUCUUAGUGAAGGGGAAGAAGUUAGGAACACUUGAGGAUGAUCUUGAAGAUGAGGAAGAAGUGACAGAACCCCAGCUGGAGAGACAGCAGGGGUCAGAACUGCCAUUGGGGUCCCCCUCCGAGCCUGUGACACUGGAGCUGAGCCACCUGAAUAAGGACAAAAAGAAGAAAUCCAGGUCCGUCUUGUGUCCAGCCCUCUCUGCCCUGGUUGUCUACCUGAAGUCUGUCUCAUUCCGCAGCUUCACCCAUUCAAAGGAGAACUACCACUUCUAUGAGAUAUCGUCCUUCUCUGAAACCAAGGCCAAAAGCCUUGUCAAGGAGGCUGGCAAUGAGUUUGUGCAGCACAAUGCCUGGCAGUUAAGCCGUGUGUAUCCCAGUGGUCUGAGGACAGACUCAUCCAACUACAACCCCCAGGAACUCUGGAAUGUAGGCUGCCAAAUGGUGGCUAUGAAUAUGCAGACUGCAGGGCUUGAAAUGGACAUCUGUGAUGGGCUCUUCCGCCAGAACAGUGGCUGUGGCUAUGUGCUGAAGCCAGAUUUCCUGCGUGAUAUCCAGAGUUCCUUCAACCCGGAGAAACCCCUCAGUCCUUUCAAGGCCCAGACUCUUUUGGUCCAGGUUAUCAGUGGUCAGCAACUCCCCAAAGUGAACAACACCAAAGAGAGGUCCAUUGUGGACCCACUGGUGAGAGUGGAGAUCUAUGGCAUCCGUCCAGACACAACCUGCCAGGAGACCAACUAUGUGGAGAACAAUGGUUUUAAUCCCUACUGGGGUCAGACACUGUGCUUCCGGGUGCUGGUACCUGAACUUGCUAUGCUGCGUUUUGUGGUUCAGGAUUAUGACUGGAAAUCCCGAAAUGACUUUAUUGGUCAAUAUACCCUGCCAUGGACCUGCAUGAAACAAGGUUACCGCCACAUACACCUGCUCUCUAAAGAUGGCAUCAGCAUCCACCCAGCUUCCAUUUUUGUGUACAUCUGCAUCCGGGAAAUGGAAGAGCUUCAACCUGGGGAGUCUGAAUUCUGA